AUGGAGUAUCAUAGACGCAAUCGCCGAGGCCGACCACGUUCAAGACCUAGGGUUCCUGUCUAUAUAGCUGCUAGACCACCGAAAUGGUCUGUUUUCAACGGUUUUUGCAGCUUCCUUGUUCUGACGAGUCUCAUUGCUAUAAUGUAUCUCAUGCUGGAGUUCCACUGCAACAACUGUAGCAAGAAAUGUAACAUUUACAACAUCACGAAGGGCCUUGAUGAUAUAGCGCUAAACAUUUCAAAUAUGAAAGGCUCGUAUUCUGACUUGGAGAGAAAGAUAACGAAAUUUUCAGAAGAACUUCCUAAAAUUGAAGGUCAAAUAGAAAUUUUGGAAGCAUUAGCCAAUACUAUGGAGAGAGGCGAUUGGGUUUGGAACCCCAAAGCGCAUUUGGCUUUGCCCAACGUUGAUGUAUACCUAAGUAAGGUACCAAAAAAUAAUGAAAAAUCAUUAAAAGUUCUCAACUUAAAAACAGAACAAGUAAAUACCGAAGAAAACCUUACAAUUAAUGACGCGAACAUGUCUUCCACCGUUAGUAAGACUUUAAAAAAAGAUUGA